AUGGACCCCGGCGGGAUGAUCAACGAAGCUGGGACGUAUAACAUGGCGGAGAUCUGGCCGUUUCCGAUUAACGGUGGUGUGACCGAAAAUUCGUCGAUGAGGAGCGGUGUCUCGUUCGGUGGACCUAACUUGGUUCAUCAGUUCGCGGACUCGAAUCUAAUUAGCAACACUAACUGUGUCGAUCCGGCUCGUAUGACACACGCGCUCUCUCAGGCGGCGCUCGCUGGAAUUAGCGGUGCAAGGAAGCGACGGGACGCGGCGGAGGAAAAAGUCGGCUCCGGGAGCGACGGAAAUGAAGCGAAUGAUGGUGACAGUAAAAAGCAGAAGACUUCGGUGUGCGUAGAUGAAUCGAGUGACGGGAAACCCGAAACAGGAACAUUGGAUCAAAAGAAGCAGUUGCCUGAACCUCCAAAAGAUUAUAUUCAUGUGCGAGCAAGAAGAGGACAGGCUACAGAUAGUCACAGUCUAGCUGAAAGAGCGAGAAGAGAAAAAAUAAGCGAGCGGAUGAAAAUCUUGCAAGAUAUUGUCCCUGGCUGUAACAAGGUUAUCGGAAAAGCACUUGUUCUAGACGAGAUAAUCAACUAUAUACAAUCGCUGCAGCGUCAAGUUGAGUUUCUAUCGAUGAAACUCGAAGCGGUCAACUCAAGAAUGAACCCUGGAAUCGAGGGUUUCCCGCCAAAAGAGUUUGAGCAGCAGCCGUUUGAGAAUCCGGGGAUGCAGUUCGGGUCACAAUCCACUAGAGAAUAUAGCAGAGGAGCAUCACCGGAGUGGUUGCAUAUGCAGGUAGGAGGUGGUUUCGAAAGAACAACGUGA